AUGGCUUCCAACAAAUCAAAUUCUGGUUUGAAACCUGAUAAUGAUAGUAGAAGGACUACAGCUGCAACCAUCAUUAUUCCCCCAGCAGACUACCAAGAUAAAGAGGCAUCAAAUGAUUCCAAAUUCAAGGCAAUUUUCGAUGAGCAUAUGAGCGCAAAGAAUGCCUCGGUCGCAUACCGCAAAGUGCAUGUUCUUUUGUUGUCAUGGGACCGUAAAGACGAUGACCUGCAUGUAGAACAAGAGGUCGCGGAUCUCGAGAAUGUAUUUCGGGAUAUUUUCAAAUAUAAAACCACACAAAAGAUUCUACAGCAGAAUCCGAGAAAGCACCCGCAAGUUCAGAUAAAUUUGUAUCUUGCCCAGUUCGUUGCGGAUCAUGAUGAUCCAAACACUCUUCUCAUCGUCUACUAUGCUGGGCAUGGCAAACUUAGCGACGAUGGAGAUGGAUUGGCUUUAACCCCAUCAACAACUCAGCCAGAUGAGGAGAAUGAAUUACACGAAAUUGUCUGGAGCUCCGCGGAACAUAAUAUACAAAACACUAAAAGUGAUGUUUUAGUCAUAUUUGACUGCUGUAAUGCUGGCGAAAUGGAUCGCAAUGUUCGUGGCUCUGACUUCACCAGAAGGGCAUUUGAAUACAUGGCUGCAACUUCUCAGAAUUCAACUACAAGAAAGCCAGGUCCUAAAUCAUUCACCGCUGCCCUCAUCUGGGCCUUGAAAGAAUUGGUGCGGUCCAAGCCCGGGAAGCGUUUCAGUACGCAAGAACUGAUUCGAAAGAUUUACCAAGCGCCCAAUUUUCCAGAGACUCAGGCGCCAAGAUUGUCAGAGCGAGGCCCAAUAGGAUCCUUGAGAAAAAUUGUCCUAGUUCCUCUCGACCAACAAUCAAAAUCUGGAGUCCGAGGAGAGAACAACACUGGACAGACAGAUGAAAUAAAAGAGACGUUAAAUCUUCGAUUUGUCUUCAAUGGUCGAAUCACCAACAAGAUAAUUAGAGAACUUGCAAAGGAUCUGACUAAUCUUAUAAGUGGAGGAGACUUUGUAGCAUCCACCGUCCUUUGGGAUGGGAUCAAUACUUCUAGUUCGACCAAGAAACGAUUCCGUGAUGUUGUCAGCCAUGUAAUUGGACAGAACCACGAAAGGAAUCGAAACAAAUCAUCGAUUCAAAAUAUGGAUGGUGUACAAUUUUCCCCAAUCACGCCUGUAACACCUGUAACGCCCACGAUACAACAAGAAUUGACAGUUUCAUCUGAAGAUAGUGUUGAUUAUAUACCCAAAAAACGUCAAUCACUUCCAAGCCCUUCACCAGAGAUUGCGAUAAAUGAAGGAGAAAGGAGUGGAGAGGAUGGUGAUUCAGAUUUGUCUAAGAAGAGAAAACGAGAGGAGAGUACGAAUUACGACUUAAGAGCUAUCGAUGCGAUAUCUAAUUCGUCACUUACACCACGUCAGAUAAGGCACAGUAAGCGUCAUUCUGGUGAUAGGAAGAUCUAG